AGACUGAUUUCGGGAUGCUUAAGUCAAUGACCGGGUAAAUCCUCCGAUGGCCCUAAGGUUUAAUUUCAAAUUAAGUUGAUUUAUGAAGAAGUUUGGAGAUAGUGAAUAAAUUUAUCAACUCCUGUGAUUGACGUUUAAGAUGCAUGCUUAACGUCCGAUUCGAAUACAUACGGGUUUGACCUCUUGUGUGCAAAUUGUUGAUACAUGGCACCUGUUAUGUGCAAAUAGCUAGUGUUCUAUUCCUUCAACUGUCUUUAACCACAACAUGUAGUGCCUACCUUAGGCAACACAUUUUGCAAUACUACCUACGUAAAUGGAGACCAAGCAACAAUAUACUACAAGUGCAUUAGGUAGAAUCUUCACAAAUUCAUACAAAUUUCAAUAAAUUGCUAUGCUGAACUCAACAAGUUCUAUGGUUUAGACGUUAGACUAUGAUCACCGUUCCAUUUUAGGACAUUCAACACGUAGACCCAAGUUACUUUCACCGGCUAUUUAAUAUGGUUGUCUUGGUUUUUUUAUUCUUAUGUUGUCCCAAGUCUGAAUCUCCAUGUCAUUAUUUUAGUUAAACCAAAAUUCUGACAACAGAAUAGGCCAGAAGAUCAUGCUGAAAUUUGAUUCUUCGGGAACCGGAUUACAGAUUUUCUUUACAUUCUAUGCUCCCAUUUCCAAGUUGCAAUGGAGCUUUUAGUGGCACACGAAUCACAAGUUAGGUAUGUAUGUGGUUUCAUUCCCAUGAUCUAGAAGAGUAUCUUACCGGGUUGGUUAGAAUGGAAGUAGAGUACAGACAGGAAACACCUGUUACACAUACUCAUUUAGCACAAGAGCUAUCUGGUGUAGUUUCACAUGGAUCAAGGAAGAUAGGAAUAUGCAUUGCUCUUUAAAGGGCAUGUAUAUAUUCUUAAAACCUAUAGUUAGCACAUAUGUGGGUGCUGAAACCCUCUUACUCCACCACUAUCAGUCAAAAGUUUUAUUCUUCUUUUUUGUUCUUCCAACAUUGGAGUUUGCAUGUUUUUUCAAUUUUUAACUUUCAGUGUAUUUGCUGCUUCUGUAUCUAGAAUCUUGAGCAAGUAUCUGGGCAGUUGGUAGAAUGAGAUUAAAAUACAGAAGGGCAACCCCCAGAUACAUAUGAAAAAUUUGUGAUAGGAGCUAUCUGGCGUAGGCUCACAGGGAUCAAGGCAUGUGGGACCAUCUUACUCUACUAUCAGUUAAAAAGUAUUGUAUGGCAUGCAUUUCAUUAUUUUUCCUACUUUGCUUUUUCUGACAUGGAAGAUUGCAUACUUUUCAACUUUUAAACCUUACCCAUCACAAAAAUACCAAAAAGUUAUUUGCUACUUACUGUCUCUUGCUAGAACUUGUUAUGUAGCCGUGUGUGUGGCAGUUGCAUCUUGGACUUCUGUGCCUAACAACUUUUUGUCCUUCUCCAUAUCUCAUUGGAUUAUUGCCUUAGAGCAAUUCAUAACUCUUCGAUUCUAUUUAUACAACUUUAAUUCCUUCAUUUUCUCUGCCAUUACAUUCCCCACCGCAAUCAUUCUUCCAUCUUCAUACAUUUUGUAAACUAAACAACACAAUGAGAGAAGACAAUGCGCCAUGUUGUGAGCCCAAGUUUUGGCUGUAUCUAUUCAUAUGUUUCGUCCUCGUGUCAUUUGCUGGUCUCAUGUCAGGCCUUUCUCUUGGACUCUUGUCCUUCACCCAAGUUGAUCUUGAAGUCCUUGUUAAGGCCGGUCUACCCCAAGACCAGAAGAAUGCUGCAAAGAUUUUGCCCAUUGUUAAGAAUGAGUAUUUGCUCUUAUGCACCCUCCUUGUUGGGAAAACACUGGCAAUGGAGACCCUUCCUAUAUUCCUGGAUUCCAUUCUCCCCUUUUGGGCUGCUAUACUCGUGUCAGUCACCCUGGUUCUUGCAUUUGCUGAGAUCAUCCCUCAAGCUGUCUGUUCGCGGUAUGGACUAAGUUUUGGUGCAAAAUUUUGUGUAUUAGUUCGCUGCCUCUUGGUCGUAUUCUUCCCAGUGUCGUAUCCAUUUAGUAAGCUGUUGGAUUGGCUCAUGGGGAAGGGUCAUUCCUCACUUUUAAGGCGAGCGGAGUUGAAGACAUUGGUUGAUUUUCACGGAAAUGAGGCAGGAAAAGGUGGAAAGCUAUUGCACCACGAAACUACUAUUAUUAGUGGAGCAUUGGAUAUGACACAGAAGACUGCUAAAGAUUCUCUGACACCUAUAUCUCAAACCUUUUCGCUUGAUAUAAAUUCUAAACUUGACAUGCGCACAAUGAGGUUAGUAAUGAGCAAGGGCCACAGUCGGAUACCCAUCUAUAGCGGAAGCCCAAAAAAUAUUAUCGGUCUAGUUUUGGUAAAAAAUUUGAUCUUCUGUCGUCCAGAGGAUGAAACCCCAAUUAAAAACAUGACUAUCAGGCGAAUUCCUAGGGUAGAUGACAACCGGCCACUUUAUGAUAUACUGAACCAAUUCCAAAAGGGCCAUGCUCACAUGGCCGUUGUUGUCAAAGGAAUGUCAACGUAUCUUCAGGAGCUGCCAAAACGAACAUGGAUACUAAUUCAUAGGAUCCAUUCACCAUUUGGGAAAAAGGAGCACGUACACUACUCAACGGAUGCAUCAUCCUCUUUGUAUUCUAGUGAUAAUGAAACUCAAAGUCCUGCACUUGAGAGUAUCAAGGAGCAAGGUCAUAUGCAUUGGCAGUUGGAGAAGUGGAAGCAAGGAGAAGGGUGUAGUACAUAUGAAGAGUUGGAAUCUCUUCCAAAUAAUUCUGAUGAAGAGGUCGUUGGUAGCAUAACAAUGGAGGAUGUUAUGGAGGAGCUCCUACAGGAAGAAAUAUUGGAUGAAACUGAUGAAUAUGUUGACAUCCAUAGCCGAAUCAAAAUUAAUCUACUACCUUCAAGAAGGUCAUCAUCAAGAUCUCCUGGAGUAGCUUCAGCGCCUGGAAUUCAUUGGAGAACUCCAGAGCUAUCUCCACUGUCUUCAUAUACUCCGAUACUUUGUUCACCACUUUCCCCCUACAUUCAACUUCCACUUGUUAGACCAAUUCUAUAUGCUUCUCCAGGAAAAUCCAUUCCAAAUUCUCCUUCCGGAUAUAUGCACCCUGUUCUCAGCUCUCCAUCUUCCCAUCGAGUCUCAAGAAAACCAUAUGAAAGACUCUGGCAGCCAAGUAGAGUUUAAAAGCUCUUACUCUCGUAGAAAAGAUUGCUAAAGCUUCAACAGUUGAGGUGAUAGCAACAGGUUAGAAGAUAUGGCAAAAAUGGAGUUCCUUAAUCACCACCCUCCAUCAGCAUCAAUCUGUACUAGUGUUUGAGUUGCGUCAAAUUGAUGAUGCCUACUGCUGCUUGUAAACAAACUAUAGCAAAUGUGAAACUCAAGGAGUCAAAACAGACACGUUUGAUGGAACAUAAAGUCCAAAACUGUUGAUCCUAUUUAUGUUGUCAAUUGCGUGUUGUCUGAUACUAGGGGAGCUCCCUUCCAGCCUCAGAGUGUCUUACUCCGCAAAUGAGUUUAAAUAUAUACGUAUGCAGGAAAGUACUAUACAAACUCAUUCUUUUGACUAUUUUUAAACUUACUGAGGUGUCAUGCGGCAGUUAUACUUUGAUGUUCAGAAUGGGUCUUACUUGAAUGAAAGUAUAGGGACAAUUCACGUGAGCAAGAAACGUUAUAAUUAUUUUGUUCGCAUAGCAUUACUUAUGUGUGUAAUAUUGGGUUGGUAUGAAAAUAAGACGCAGAUAAGGUACUUUAAGAAGAUUCCAAUUUUUCCGUCUCCCAUGAAUGCAACCUAUAAGUGACUUCAAUUCUUGUAUUUUUUGUUUCUUUGGAUUGGUCCAAGGUCUCCACUUCAUAUGCCUGAUUGCUAGCGUUUUACUCAGGAUGAUAACAAAUUGAGCACUGUUUUUAACUGUCUUAACAAAUGUAGCAUGUUUCGAUGAAUGUUAUGGUUAAACCAAUUUGACUUCUACCAAAGUGUUCACCACAUUCAAUGCUUAGAUAUCGCACUAUUUUUCUGUAAACCUGUUUAUUCAUCUUUUCAAAUUUUCAAAUUAAUUAAUUCAUUUGGUAAACUAGGCUCUAAGAGACUUCUUUGGGGUAAAAUUAGAAAUGUCAUAUAUAAUUGAUCUUUUUCUCUUUUUUUGGUCAAGCGGAAAAUCAUAUAAUUGAUCAUAUAAUCUUGGUUACAUAGAUGCUUUUUAUACAACAUCGUCAAUGGGAGCACAUUUAACUAUCCAUGGGGCUAAGAGCCCUCACAGCCCCGGCACAACGAGGCAAACCACUGUAUAAAAAUCGAAGUUGUCUUUUCUUUAGGGGUAGGUGGAUUAGUGGUUACCGGCGAAAAGCACUUUAUAAUUGGCUAGAAACAAGUGAUACCAAAUACUGUGCAUUUUAUUUUUGUGUUUGCUCAUGUGCAUCAAACCUUCAUUAAGCAAGGUCCAAUAAUCCGUCAGUAGUGCUACGCACACAUCAUACCAGAGAUUGAUUCAUUGUUGUUUUCAUUCUUAGUCAAAACCAGUAUGAUGUUCCAAUGGCAUAUAUGCCAACGAUAGUUUACUACAAAGACUUGCAUACUCAUUGGAAGGUCUUUAGAUUCCAGACCAGACAAGUGUACAUGUUUCCUUGCCUUAUUUCAGAACUGCUUGGGAAUGGAAUAGAGCACAAAUAAGCACAAGAGAGAUCGAAAGGGAUGCAAACUAGAAAUGUGAGAGCUACUGUUGUAACUGUACUAUUGUUUAUCCAUCCAAAGGCAGCUGGCAAAGAAUAAUUUAAGAAUGAACAGUCAAUACGCAGCUGGUAUCUAGCAAUACUCUUUCUCUUAUAUGCAUCUAUUUCCCAUCAUAUGCUAUAACCAUCCUGAUCAGUGGCCCAUUCAUUGUUACAAGCAUUCAAGCCCCUUAGGGCUCUUAUUUUUCUGAUCUGGCUUCUUAAGAAUUCUGUGAGAAAGGCAGAUGUUAUUUUCAACAGGCUUUCUGAUUAUUAUGUCAACUCAUCCUCUUCCAUUG